AUGUCGACCGCGGUACGAAACAAUUGCCCGCUGUGCAAUAAUCCUGAUGAUGAUGAUGAUAUGGUCGCGUGUGACCAAUGUGACACCUGGCAUCACUUCAGAUGCGCUGGGGUGAAUCACUCGAUUGCAGACCGGUCGUGGCGGUGCAAUAAGUGCCAUUUGCAGAUAUUGCCAGCGUUAUCGAAAUCGUCUCGGAGGUCGAUAUCCCAAGCGCAAGCUGAGUUGCAGUUGAAAAGGUUAGAAGAGGAAAGAGCGAUGCAUGCUAAGCAUCUGGCUGAGGAUCUUGCCAUUAAGCAGGCUAAGUUAGCGCAGCAGGAAGACGCGCUGAAACUGCAGAGGGAGAUUGACCAGCACUAUAUAGAGCAACGGUAUGCGGUACUUCAAUCGACACUGGAGGAAAACGAUAAUCGGAGUAAUCGAUCGCUACGUAGUCAGCAAAGCAGUCGUAGUAAGGUUAAGGAUUGGAUGGAGAAGCAGCAGGAACAGGCAGCAGGUACGGAAUCGGAAGCUACCCUUCCCGCCGGAACCACGUCGUUCGCCGCAACUCAAGGAAAACCAACUAACGCCACUAUAGCUGUUGCUGUACAAUCGACGGUACCCUUCAUUCCAGUUCCUAUCAGUAGCGUAGGGUUGAGUAACACACCGAAGCGACCAUUUACGACUGUUGGAGGAAAUAGCCAGAUGUUACCGACGACGCUUGUAUUGACUGCUGUUCUUACCGGUACAGAAAGAAACCAAAAUGUGCUUACAGUGCAAGAAGUUCCCUGCACGUUGCCACUAAUGAAUCCAGCGUAUGCUACACGUGCCGUAGUUGAACAACCGAUUUCGGCAGUUCGACAACUUACAUCGGGUAUGAGUUACAGACCGUAUACAGUAACAAACACUACGUUUACGGGUGCAUUAGUGGCCCAACCAGUCCCGUCUGUACAAGCAGCUACUGGUAUCAUACCGAUAUCUUCAUCGAGUAAUGCAUAUGUAGGUGCAGCGACCCGACCAGUCCCGUCUGUACAAGCAGCUAGUGGUAUCAUACCGAUAUCUUCAUCGAGUAAUGCAUAUGUAGGUGCAGCGACCCGACCAGUCCCGUCUGUACAAGCAGCUAGUAGUAUCAUACCGAUACCUUCGUCGAGUAACGCAUAUGUGCAGCGACCCGACCAGUCCCGUCUGUACAGGCAGCUAGUGGUAUCAUACCGAUAUCUUCAUAGCACACCGCACCCAAAUGUGAACCUAAUAGCUACCCCACACCCGAGGCGUAACGAAACUAAUAUUCCGUCUCUCGGUGUGCCUGAUAUCUCUCAAUCAAUCAAUGCCAGCAAUCAGUUCACCUCUUGCAGUGGCGGGCCCAUCGCAGCAACAAUUGGCUGCUCGGCAAGUGGUUUCGAAAGAGUUACCGGUGUUCACAAGAAAUCCAUUGGAGUGGCCGUUAUUCAUUUUCUUCAUAGCACACUGCACCCAAAUGUGAACCUAAUAGCUACCCCACACCCGAGGCGUAUCGAAACUAAUAUUCCGUCUCUCGGUGUGCCUGAUAUCUCUCAAUCCAUACCUGAGCCAGCAAUCAGUUCACCUCUUGCAGUGGCGGGCCCAUCGCAGCAACAAUUGGCUGCUCGGCAAGUGGUUUCGAAAGAGUUACCGGUGUUCACAGGAAAUCCAUUGGAGUGGCCGUUAUUCAUUAACAGUUACGAAAAUUCGACUGCGCUUUGCGAUUUUUCGUUAGCAGAAAAUAUGAUGCGUUUACAGCGGUCCUUGAAAGGAAAUGCGCUAGAAGCUGUACGUUGCAAUUUAUUGAUGCCGGAUGCAGUGCCCCGUGUGAUGGCCACGCUGAAAAUGCUGUACGGUCGACCGGAAAUAAUAGUGAACUCGUUGUUAGCAAAAGUUUGUUCUACGCCUCCCCCCAGAGCUGACAGGUUGGAAACAUUAAUUACAUAUGGAUUGGUUGUGCAGAAUCUGUGCAGCCAGCUGAUUGCCUCUGGACAAAUCGCCCACCUGGGUAACCCGUCUCUUCUACAAGAGCUCGUAGAAAAAUUACCUGCGAGUAUUAAGAUGGAUUGGGCGCGGUAUAAGCGAAGAGUACUGAGACCUGAUAUUACUACAUUUGAGAACUACAUGUCUUCAAUCAUCGAGGAAGCCAGUGAGGUUUCAUUGUUCGUCGAACCGGAGAGGGGUAAUAAGGAAACCAAAAGACCUCCCUCCCGAGAUAAGGCGUUUGUGAAUGCUCACGGGUUAGAAGGUAAUGGUAAAGUAAGCUCUGAGAACAGUUCAGGCAGAGCAGUUCAGGAUCAACCAAAACAGAAAAGCUGUCCUAUUUGUCAACAGAUUGGACACAAAGUGAAGGAUUGUGGAAAAUUCAAGGCACAGAAUCUCCAUGAACGGUGGAGGCUUGUCGAAGAUCAGCAAUUAUGUCGUUGUUGCCUCGUUCGGCACGGAAAAUGGCCUUGUCAUACAACAUAUCCAUGUGGAGUGGAUGGAUGUGACGCCCGCCAUCAUCAACUACUUCACCCCGGAAAGAGCAAUGAAGUGAAGCGAUCCGUUGAAAUAACGAAUCCAGUAGUGAAGACGAACUUAGCCAGUACUUCCGGAACUGUAAGUACACAUCGACAGGUGGUUAAUUCUAUACUGUUUCGUGUGAUUCCUGUGACGAUGUACGGACCAAAUUCAUCAAUCAAAACCUUCGCCUUCCUGGAUGAAGGUUCGUCACUAACUCUACUGGACAAAGACAUCGCGAAGGAACUAGGAUUGAAUGGAGAAGUAAGCUCGUUAUGCUUGAACUGGACUUCGGACGUCUCCCGCAUUAAACCAAGCUCAGAACGUCUGACAGUAGAAAUAGCAGGUGGAAACGGUACAACCAAAUACACUAUGUCUAAUGUUCGCACGGUGGACGGCUUGAAACUACCAGCUCAGAGUCUCGUGUAUGAAGAUUUGGUUGGAAGCUUUCCUUAUCUCGGGGGGCUUCCAAUAGAAAGCUACCGAGAUGCUAAUCCGCGAAUUCUCAUCGGAGUGGAACACUCAAAACUCAGUGUAGCUCUUAAGAAACGAGAAGGUCGAGGGGACGAACCAAUAGCUACGCGCUGUCGCCUUGAAUGGACAAUCCAUGGCAGAAUAGGAAGCGGAAACCAUGACGCCGCAUAUCUCAAUCAUCAUGUCUGUGAUUGCUCAACCGAUCGCGAACUCCAUAGUAUAGUCGAACGUUUUUUUGCAAUCGAUGCAGUUUUAUCAACAGUGCCAAUGAUUGAGACAGAAGAUGAUAGGCGAGCUCGACGAAUUCUGACCGAAACUACAGUACGAGUAGAUGGUGGCUUCGAAACAGGUUUACUGUGGAAAUACGAUUACAUAGAAUUCCCCAGAAGCUAUUCGAUGGCUGAACAAAGACUCAAAUGUUUGGAGCGUCGAAUGAAAUCCAACCCUGCAUUACGCGAGAAUCUCGUUAGGCAGCUUCGUGAAUAUCAGCAAAAGGGGUACGCUCACAAAGCUACGGAAACCGAACUUUUAUCGGCUGACCCUACGCGGGUUUGGUAUCUUCCCCUUGGGGCUGUCAUCAAUCCAAAAAAGCCUGGAAAAGUACGUGUGAUCUGGGACGCUGCUGCGAAGGUCAAUGGAAUCUCGUUGAAUACAAUGCUUUUGAAAGGGCCAGAUAUGUUGACUUCUCUACCAGCUGUCUUAUGCCGAUACAGACAACGUCAAGUGGCCAUCAGUGCGGAUAUCAAGGAGAUGUUUCAUCAACUUAGAAUUCGGGAAAGUGAUAAGCAGUCUCAGCGGUUUCUUUGGCGAGAAGAUCCUUCGCAUGCUCCGGAGGUAUUUGUGAUUGACAGAGCCACAUUUGGAUCAACCUGUUCUCCAUGUUCGUCUCAGUAUGUUAAGAACCGGAAUGCUGUAGAGUACGCUGAAGAAUUUCCAGAUGCAGCAGAAGCCAUAAUCGACAACCACUACGUGGAUGACUAUUUGGGCAGCCGUGAUACUGAAGAUGAAGCGGUGCGUAUAGCUCGGGAGGUGAAGUUUGUACAUGCCAAGGGCGGCUUUGAAAUUCGGAACUGGUUGUCAAAUUCGACCAAUGUCCUCGCACAACUGGGUGAAAUGAAGCACAGCACAGUAAAGCGAUUCGUGUUUGACAAAUCGGAGGAAGAAUCUGGUGAGCGUGUUCUCGGCAUGAUAUGGUUGCCGAAUGAAGACGUUUUCUCCUUUCCAGUUACGUUUGGCGAUUCUCUUAAAACGCUAUUGAUAGACUCGAUCGUACCAACGAAGCGUCAAAUUUUAAAAGUAGUUAUGAGUAUUUUUGACCCGAUGGGAUUUUUGACAACAUUUUUGAUCCAUGGCAAACUGAUCAUUCAGGAGCUAUGGAGAGCCGGAGUAGGUUGGGAUGACCCAAUUCCGGAGAGAGUUCACGUUCAGUGGAAGCGGUGGGCGGCCCAAUUUUCCGAGUUACCUAAAAUAAGAAUUCCCCGCUGCUAUUUUCCUAACUAUCAUCCAGAAAGCUACAAAACCCUACAGAUGCACGUUUUUGUAGAUGCCAGUGAAACAGCCUUUGCGUGUGCCGUCUACUUUCGCAUCGAAGAUCGGGGUGUUGUAAGAUGUGCUCUCGUUGCAUCCAAAUCGAAGGUGGCCCCUUUGAAAGCUCUGACAAUCCCUCGUUUGGAACUGCAAGCUGCAGCGCUGGGCUGCCGUUUGGCCGCAAAUGCGAAAAGAAUCAUUCUCUGGCGAUCGCCCAACGAUUUUUCUGGGGUGACUCUACGACAAGUCAGCGAUAUCUUGGCUCAAUCGACUGUGGAUGAGUGGAGAUGGGUGCCAACUACUGAAAACGUAGCCGACGAAGCCACCAAAUGGGGAAAAGGCCCUAACUUCCGCGCAAACGAUCGCUGGUUUCGCGGACCGGAGUUUCUCCACAAACCAGAAUCACAGUGGCCAACACUAGGAUCACAUGCCGUGGAUACAUCCGAAGAGCUCCGUUCGAGAUACGUUUCUCAUCACCUAGAACAACGUUCACUUGUCGAUAUUCGGAGAUUUUCGAAAUGGGAGCGACUGCUGCGGACUGUGGCGUAUACCUAUAAAUUCGUGGAUAACUGUCGACGGAAACUGCGAGGAGAAGCGAACAAUGAUUGUGCAUCUUUGUUACAUCCAGAAUACAUUCUAAAAGCUGAACGAUAUAUAUGGCGCGUGGCGCAGCAUGAAUGUUUCUCUGGAGACAUUCUUGUACUGGCCCAUAACAGAAAUCUCCCGCAGCAUCUGCGUAAGAAACUCGAUAGUACAAGUUCUAUUCGCAAAGCCAGCCCCUUUUUGGAUGAAUAUGGAGUUAUUCGAAUGGAAGGGCGCAUAACUGAGGCUCCAUACGUGCCCUACGAUGCUAAAUUUCCAGUAAUACUUCCAAAAACCCAUGUGGUUACGAAACUGUUGCUGGACUGGUACCAUAGAAAGUAUGGACAUGGCUACGGAGAAACGGUUGUGAACGAAGUGAAACAGCGAUUUCACAUUCCUAGACUUCGCACAACUGUUAGGACUGUCCGUGGAACAUGUUCUUGGUGUAAGAUUUAUCGGACAUCACCUAGUGUACCUAGGAUGGCACCGUUACCCACCGCGCGUUUGAUUGCCUACGUUAAACCCUUUACAUAUGUAGGAUUGGAUUAUUUUGGACCAAUACUCAUCCGAACAGGCCGAACAAAUCAGAAGCGGUGGGUGGCUCUAUUCACUUGUCUCACCGUACGAGCCGUACACCUGGAGGUGGUCUAUAGUUUGACCACUGAAGCAUGCAAAUUGGCGGUACGACGAUUCAUUGCUCGCAGAGGCUCCCCACUGGAGAUUUACUCGGAUAUGGGCACCAAUUUCAUAGGGGCCAGCAGAGAUCUGGAGAAGGAAAUUCAGCAAGCAAUACUGGGUGUUGCAUCUACCUUCACGAAUACGAACACCCGAUGGCGCUUCAACCCACCCGUUUCUCCUCAUAUGGGCGGAGCAUGGGAACGAAUGGUUCGUGCGGUUAAAAUGGCAAUCUUUGCCCUUCCAAUGGAUAAAAAGCCCAGCGAUGAAUCAUUAAUUACGCUGUUAGCAGAAGCGGAGUUCAUCAUUAAUUCUCGACCCCUAACAUUCGUGCCACUGGAAGCUGCAGAUGAGGAAGCUUUGACUCCCAAUCAUUUUCUGCUUCUGAGUUCAAACGGCAUAUCUCAACCUUCAAUGAUGCCGGUUGAUGCAAAAUCAACUCUGCGCAAUAAUUGGGGACACGUGCAACACUUGACGGAUCUUUUUUGGAAGCGUUGGAUCCGGGAGUACCUACCUGUUAUAACGAGACGAACAAAAUGGUUCGACGAAACAAGGCCAGUACAUGUGAAAGAGCUGGUGGUGAUUGUGGAUGAUAAUGUGCGCAAUGGGUGGAUAAGAGGUCGUGUCGUUAAAGUGUUACCUGGGCCAGACGGGCGUAUAAGGAUGGCAGAUGUGCAAACGACAACAGGCAUACUUCGUCGACCGGUAGCUAAACUGGCUGUGUUGGACGUGCGUUAG